AUGGCGGGUGCAGAAAAUAACGCUGAGACUUUCAUUAAUAAGAUCAGUCGUGAAAAGGUGAAAAUCAGCGACUCAUUUUCCUCUUUCGGUUCGCUGUCCAUGCUCGAUCAGUCCGUCCGCAAGCUACUUCUCCACUCCAACGAUGUCAGCAAGUGCCGCGAGAACCCCCUGACGCUCAAAGGGAAGCGAAUCCAGCUGGCCAAGAUUCUUCUUCUUGUUCUGCUUCCUAUUAUUUCCCUAGCCGUGCUGGCCGUGCUUGACUUGAAAGCCAUCGCGCAGAGCAACAGCGUCGACUUAGAGAUCCGGAAUGUGAUCCGGUUCAGUCGAGACAUCGGGGUCCUGUUGAGUCGCCUCCAGCGAGAGCGUGACAUGACGGCUCUGUACGUGAGUCUCAUCGGGCCCCAGGAUAUUUCCAUCUUGACGGAGAUAUACCCGGAGACCGAUAACGCUAUCGAGGAGCUUAAAGACUGGCCGGUUGAGACCAGCAUCCUGAACGAGCUACCCUUCUUCAGGGAGAAGAGUGACUUCAAGCAGCACCUUGUGGAGCACCGGAAGUCUGUGACUAGGUCUGACACGGCUGUCUACGAUGAGGUCAACUUCUACACGGAUAUACUCCAGAUUUUCAUCGACUGGUUGUACGAGAGCAUUGGUAACUCCGAGGGGAGCGACCUGUGGCAGGUCCUGGUAGCGUACCAGCUUCUGAUCGUCAGCAAUGUUGAAACAGGAAUAGAACGCACUCUAGGCUCGGUGUUUUAUACCCUUGGGGGCUUCGAGAGGCACGAAGAUUACGUCUGGUACAUGGAGAAGUACAACCUGGGCAUCUGGAACUACGAGGCGUCCAAGAAGUACUCCUCUCUCAUCACGGAGUUCUUCGACAACCACGUCUUGGGAAUGUCGGAAAACUUCACCGACACGAUCGUCACGAUGCGGAAGGAGAUCUUGGUCAACGAGGCGUCCAAGAUCGAACCGAAGUUCAUCGACGCGAAGCUGUGGUUCGACAGCAUGAGCGUCUACAUCGACAUCUUGGAAGACGUCCAGAAGAACAUGGCCAACCAGAUCCUCCUCCUCCUCGAAGACGACCUGAAGAAUGACACCGAAGCCAUCGCAGUCAGCAUCCUUCUCGUUGUCGUCGUCAUCGUCAUGUGCCCUUUGACCCUUCGGGCCAUCUGGUCGCUGACCUCUGAUAUCCAGAACUACGCCUUGACCCUUGCGGCCCAGACCAAGGCUCUGAACAGGGAGAAGAAGCGUUCCAGCUGGCUGCUGUACUCCAUGUUGCCGCCAACGGUGGCGGAACAGCUGGUUCAGAAAAGAGACGUGAAGGCGGAGUCUUAUAACAGCGCAACUGUGUUGUUCUCUGACAUUGCAGGGUUCAACCAUCUCUGUGCUCUCAGCACACCUAUGCAGGUUGUUGAGAUGUUGAAUGGUUUGUACCUUGUGUUCGACUCUCGUAUCGAACAGUAUAACGUCUACAAGGUGGAAACAGUCAACGAAACAUACAUGCUAGCGUCGGGACUUCCUGACCGUAUGGUAGGCGGUGAACACGUCAGAGAGUUAGCCACAGUGGCUCUUGAUCUUCUUCAUCAUGUUAGUUUCCUUGAGGUGCCACACAGAGAGAACAUGAAAAUCAAGAUACGAAUUGGUAUCCACACCGGUCCCGUUGUUGCCGGAGUAGUGGGCAUCAAGAUGCCUCGAUACUGUCUCUUUGGUGACACAGUCAACACCGCGUCUCGCAUGCAGACAUCCGGGCUACCCGGUCGUAUACACAUAAGUAACGAUACAUACAUGGCGCUAGUUGACAAAGGUGGGUUCAUGGUUGUCAGACGUGGAGAGAUAGAAAUAAAGGGAAAAGGCAUCAUGUGCACCUAUUGGCUGACAGGGCGGGAAAACCUGGAGCAGAUAAUCCCCUCCAUAACGGAGGUCUCAAACAUCAAAAACGACCCGGGGUUACACGAGGUACGCUACGCUCACAUGUAUGAACAGACAUCCACUGGACGUAUCCAGUACCGAGGGAAGGACGACGAGGUUAUGGUGCAGCAGGAGGAUUGGAACGAGUAGAGUUGAGCAGGUAUAUACACCUUCAA